AUGGCACAUGAUGGUGAUGAUCCUUUUUAUGUCAAAGUUAUUGUCCUACUUAUUGCCAUUGCUACAGGAGCAUUAACUGUUGUUUCAGUGUACCAUGUCAUAGCCAUUUGGUUUUGCCACCAAGAAAGAACCACCACAAAUCAAAACUCACCGCAGCACGGUGCCGCGAGCCUCAACGGAAGCACAUCCAUAUCAAUAGCUGACCUAAUUCCAGCACACAAGUAUCACAAGAGAAAUAAAGUCGGUGUGGCUUCAGAUGACGAAGGUGGCACAUGUGCUGUGUGUUUGGGAGAUUUUGAGGAGGGCGAGGAGUUGAGAACUAUGCCUGAGUGCUUGCAUUCUUUUCAUGUACCUUGUAUUGACAUGUGGCUCCAUUCGCAUACGAGUUGUCCCAUUUGUCGCGCUAGUGCCGCCCCUUCGCCCGCAAUGAAUAUUGAACAUCAACACAUGAUUGAUAUGAGACAUACGGCUCCAAUUGCUAUCGUGUAAAGUUGAUUGGUACAAUGGUGA